UUUGAUGUGGGUGUUGUGUCUCGGUACGUCAAACGCUUCAAUGAUUAUUAUUUUCAAGUGGACCUUAAUUUUUGUGGAAAUCGUCAUCUAAUUGUAUGUUUCGUGGUGUUUCAUAGUGUUUGAUGAACAUAUUCCUUUGUGAUUGUAGACAAUUUAUCUAGUGACGGCAGAUAAUAAACUGGAGGGGGGGCUGCUAAAAUACUACGACAGGAUAGUAACAACGUUUUUACAACUCGAGAGGUGCUCGGAGCGCUCAUAAAAUUCUCAUCUCAGCGCGGACUAGUGGGACUUCCAUUUUGUUAUAAUAUGUGGUUUGGCUGUUUACACGGUGCGUUGUGUUCAAGACAAUGGAAAGCGACGGCAGUGGCGGAGCGAGGCAUGAGUGAUCAGUGGUAGCGGGUGGCGGUGAUGCAGCGAGCUCACGCGGGCGGCGCCCCGCACCCACAGCCCCCCGCCGCCGCUACCGCCCCCGCGCCCUUACCUGCACCCACUCACACGCACUACCGUACACACACACUGUACGCUGAUAUUGAUGAUCAGAUACCAGCUUCGGUGAUAAGCAGCGUUGGCACUGUAAGCCUCUCACAGUCGACUACAAACCCAACUCCUAAUAUAACAAUGGCGAACCCGACGAACCCAGGCCACGCUAGUAGUGGGAACGCACCGCAGCCCGUCACUCAACAGACACCGACGCAGGCGCCGGUACGCAACCUGCCCAAGAAACGGAAGUUUGAUCCUUCUGAACUAGAGGAGAUUGAGCGAAAUUGCGUGAACAACAUUGCCGUAACCGCUCCACUGCCUGUUGAGUACCAACAGCAGAACACACAACCUAUACUACAGGCAUCUCCGAUAGUUCAACAGCCUUCAAUUCCAACAGAAACCAAACCGUUCAUCCAUUACCCAAACAUAGAUCUUUCAGAGUGGCGGGAUCAUAGAGUGCUGGCAAAGCAGAACGGACUCUAUAUACCGGGUGUGAUUAGAGAGGCGGAAGGUUCCAAAGUGACUGUCGAGUUCGAUGGACAAGAGAACGAUCUUGUCGAGUACUGUGAUAUUUUCGGGAAAAACAAGUACGAUGUGAUUAGUGAUGCCAGUCCUCAAGUGAUUCACUUGCUGGUAGGUUCCGCGUGUGUUGUGAGGACUAUGGACUCGAGCCUCCCGUCUAGAGGUGUGCAAAAUGUUUUUGUGGAAGGACUAGUUUUUGAAGUGCUCAGUUCACCUAUAAGGAUACGAGUCAAGCAGGUGACAGACGGUGAGAUAUGUAACGAGAUGGUGGAGGUGAAGCGAGCGGAUAUCAGGCUCCUGCAGCCCCCAUGGGCUGACGAGUUGGAGGAUGCCGGUUCCCAUCCUGUCACGAUGGCGGGUCACAACAUGAACGUGCAACACGUGCACGCACCAGCCGUGCCGUUUCAGAUAGGCGAUGGUGCUUUCUUCACAUCGUCUCCGAUGCCUGGCGCCGGGCAGGUGGUGACCGUCGGCGCCUCCUCCAAUGGUUCGAUGGACUAUGGCGAGAGCGAUGACGACCUUCGUCGGGAGGAUAUCAUGUUCCCCAACGAUUCACAAAUGGAUUGCAGCAACAGCAAACGCAGCAGUUUGCAGAGUCGUGGCAGCACUUCCAGUCUUAUCGAGCGCAGUCUCACACCAAGAUCUCAACCCCCUACUCCCAGAUCUCAAGCGGCAACCCCGCAUAAAUAUAAAAAGGGUGAUGUAGUGUCCACACCGACCGGCAUUCGUAAGAAAUUCAAUGGCAAGCAAUGGCGCCGGCUUUGCUCCAAGGAUGGGUGCACGAAAGAGAGCCAGCGACGCGGGUUCUGCUCGCGUCACCUGUCGUUGCGUGGUGUACCACGAUCUUCUAAUACACCACUAGCACAGGGCUCCACACACACUUCGCAUCAGAGAAGCAGCAGCAAAUCAUUAUCGUCGAGUGGCACCGGCGUGGAGGGCGAUGAAACAUCACGGGAAUCUGACACCACGCCGCCGCACUACCGCGUCACUGGACGCUUCGACCCUGACGAGACUGAGGCCGCUAAUAUGUUGGUGUCGUUGGGCAGCUCGCGGUCGGGAAGUCCCGGGGCGUCCCCGGUGGGCGGGGGGUCCCCGGGGCUGCGCAACAACGUGUUCGUGCCCAUCUCGAGCCCGCAGCCGCAGCCGCAGCCGCCGCACCAGCUCGCGCACCCGCACCCGCACCCACACCCGCAUCCGCACCCGCACGCGCACGCGCACGUGCACUCGCAUGCGCACUCUAUACACGCGCAUUCCGCGCACGCGGCCACGCUCAACCAUCACCAUCUUAUCAGGCCAGAAUUAGUACGACCAAGUAGAGUGAGUUCCCCAGUUAGUGGUGUCGCCACUAGCGUCAUCAGAGUCUCACCGGCCCCUUAUUAUCAGGCCGAAAACCGCAAUGGAUCCACUACACUCCACAACAGCACCCAGUCAAAUGUAAUCGGCGUUCAAAGUUCAGGUUUGAACAUCCAGAGCACUGCACAAUCCGGUCUUAGUGUACCCUAUUCAACAACAUUACAGUCAAACUUGUCGUUGCCGUCGAGUAUAUCUCUUAAUUUGAACAGUAUAAACACAAGCUUACAAACGAGUGGCGCAAACACGAUCCGUAGCACCAGUAACGAAAUCCCCCACAAUUUAAUCGUUCACAGAGGUAUACCUUCGUCAAACGGGGUCGAUGUAGAGCAGAUAUACCGACAACCCAUACAUAUUCGCAACGGGAUCCACGAAUACCGACGCGAGGAAGUGUCACCUCCAAUGAAUAACCAUGAGAAUUUUUUAAAUAGAAGAGUCUCGGAGUACGAUGAGGAUACGAUUCCUCAGCGAGAAAACAGCAUACAUCGCAUCGUGAUAGAGCAGCGGCCGCCGGAGUUGUCCGAGACUCGCGUAAUAGAAGACAACAAGAUAAUAAAACCGGCACCGCUUCAGGCACGCGUCCUUUCACUCAUGGAUCCGGACGCGAAGGACCAAAGGAAAAUUUAUGUGAUACCUCAGAAUAUUGAGAAGAAAUUUGUGCUGAUAAAAAACGAACCAGCUGACACUAUUCAGAUAGAACACAAGAUGAGUCAGAUAACUCAACGUAUAAAUAACAAUGACAUGGAACCGGACCACAGGGUGCUAGACAAUGGAGACCACAUCAAUAAUGUGAACAGUAGCGCUGUUAUAGUACAUCCCAGUCAGUUACUUCCUGUUUUGCCACCGCCUACAUCGCAUACAGCUAUUAUUGUUUCGACGAGUGGCGUAGCUGGUAGCGUGUUCCCGUGGCAGUCGCUGGUACCAUUACUGGGCGGCUCCCCGCCGGCCGCGCCGCCGUCCCCACGCACGCCACGCACACCACGCACGCCACACACGCCACACACACCACACACGCCACACACACCACACACCCCACACACGCCACACACUCCUCACACACCCCAUGUUAAGACUGAGGACCAGAUCAAGACUGAGAAUGCAGGUGAUGCAGCGCCACCUAUCUGCACAGAGGAGGAUGAUGAUGUGUUCGAGAGUGAGGAAACUGGAGGUGGCUGUGAUGACACCAAGCGUCGCUCACAAAGUCUAUCCUCGCUCAACUCUCCUGCAUCUGUGAAUGAGAAGAAGGAGCGACGUAUCCGUCGUCCGAUGAACGCGUUCAUGAUAUUCUCGAAGCGUCACCGUCAGAUAGUGCACCAGAUGCAUCCGAAUCAGGACAAUCGGACCGUCAGCAAAAUCCUCGGCGAGUGGUGGUACUCACUCAAGCCGGAGGAGAAGCAGAAGUACAAUGAGCUCGCUAGUGAGGUAAAAGAAGCUCACUUCAAGGCUCAUCCAGAAUGGAAAUGGUGCAAUAAGGAUCGUCGAAAGUCAUCCAGCAGUAGAGAUCCAACUGGUUCCAUGCCACAGAGUCCUCGUACGCCAUCCGACGUGGGAAUGGGCGGCGUAUCGUGUGCGGGCGCGGACGUGCCGGUGACGGUGGCUGCAUACGCACACGCGGCAUCGCCGCAGCUCAGCGACGACGACCAACUCAUGUCCCAGGCUAUAUGCGACGAGCCAAAUCUUCCGGCACCAAGUGUGGAGAUUGAUCUCAAAUGUGGUGAAAAAGUGACCGAUUCAGACUCGGAGGGACUCGACGCUCGAGACUACUUACCGCACCAUGACCACACCAGGAGACCAAAGCCGAUUAAAGCCAGGGCUGGUUCGUCUGAUAAUCUACUUGGCGGCAUUACCGCAUCAAGUCCAGGUGGGUCCAAAGUGUUCCAGCCGACUGGAGGGGCCUUUAAAUCUACCCACGCCGACAACGGCGACAACCUUCGGCAGUGGACCGCGUUCACAACAGUAAACAAAACGAGCUUACCGAAUCAAGUACCGAUCUCGCCGCACCCCUCACAAUCGAUUGCGAAUAGCACUCAGAGUUUAACGAAUAGCGUCCAAGGAAUAUCGCUUAGCGCUCCCAAUUUAGCCACUCAAGCGGCCCUAGACAACGCCAUAGCGUCGAUUAUGAACUCCCCGACUGCGUCGAGUGGUGUGCAAGUUAUAUCGAGUGGAGUAUCGAUACCGAGUCAAUCGAUUGUGCAAACGCCUCCAUCGAAUGCUUUGAGCAAUGCGUUGCUGAAAAGUGUUACGUUGGUGAAGAGAAACCUUGGUGAUAAUGCUACAGGUCCAUUAACGUUGUCACUGGAUGCAUCCGGUAACCUGUUGAUAAAGGCGAGCCAGGCUAGCGAGCCGCCGGUGAGUGCAGCCGUCGCUGAACCCCAGCAGUUGCACUACGUGCAACUACAGCGGGUAUUCGUGCCCGCCUACAGCGCCGAAAUAGAGACGAAUAAGACACACAAUAUUCCGAACCCGCAAUGCGGCCAGUCUGUGAUAGUAUCGCAAAGCAACAACCACACUGUGCCUAAGACGACAACGCAAUGGGAGACUGCAGAAGAAGAGACGCGUCCAUUUCCGCUUGCGCCUACGCCUGCCCAGCUGGGGCGAGCGCCACUGCAGAAACGGCUCAGUAGAGGCACAUCAACAGGCUCGACGGGCAGCAAUGAGCAAAUGAUUCCACGCUCCGAGAGUGGACCGACUACACCCCUCGAUGUACCCGAGCCGCAGUCACCCAAACAUACAGAAAACCUAUCCAGUCCAUCCCUUAAAAAGAGCCUGUUUAAAAAGGGAAAUGAGGACGGACGUGACAAAGUUCUGGAGACGGUGAAUUUCGAACAGAAGUUCAGUACUCUCCCGCAGUUCAAGCCAGAGGCGUGUAGCCCUAGCGCGAUGGUCGUCCCUCGAAGUCCACAGUUGUAUUUGAGGAAGAAGCACAAUAAGAUUGGAAUGGAUGAGGAAGGCACUGUAGUCAGCGCGCAGUUAGAGCCAGAGGUAAUGAACGGGAACGGAAUGCCAACCCCCCAUUCGUUUGGCACACCCCAUACUACUACGAAGUUGGUGGGGAAUACGUUCUUCGGGCCAGAUUUCAAUCUCGACUCGUACAGAGCAUCGGAGAGCAUGGAGGAGAUGUCUCCGCGCACGCCGUGCUCGGGCAGCACGAGUGCGGGCGCGGGGGGCGCGGCGGGCGCGGGGGCGGCGGGCGGCGGCGCGGUGGGGGGCGCGGGGGGCGCGGGCCCGCGCGAGGCCGGCCACCGCCGCGUGCUGGAGCAGCGCCGCCAGCUCGUGCUCAAGUUGUUCCAGGAGCACGGCAUGUUCCCCUCCACGCAGGCCACCACGCAGUUCCAGGCGACAUAUAUGGAGAUAUUUCCCACAAAGAUGUCCCUGCAACUGAAGAUACGUGAAGUGCGACAAAAGUUAAUGGCGCAAUCGAAUCUAACGCCACACUCCGAAGUCAACACGCCCACAAAUGUGAAUUCCCCGAUUGUGACGUCAACCGCCAGUUAGCGAUGCGGAUACACCAUCUCCAUUGUGGUGCAAGAAUAACAGUAUAAUUAAUUUAGCUGUUCACAAGUUGGAUAAAUUUUAUAAAUCAUUGUAAUGCAUUUUACAGAAAUAUUUCUUUGCAAAAAGUUCUAUUAUAUUAAUGUUGGCAACAUCGAAAAACUGUCGAAUGUAGUACAUAAUAUUUUAGACCGUAAUAUUAAUAAUUUCUUAUUUUUAUCAGGUUAUAAUGUAAACUUAAUAUCACUAUAAUAUUUAAGAAUUUGAUAAGAAAGUUUUAAUGAUUUUAGAAGUAGUUUCCACAAUAACAUGUCCUCACUGAGUACAGUACGUCCACUGUACGUUGAUUUGACAGAUCUUUUCGGUGUUGCUAUUACGAUGGUAGUAAACUUGAAAGAGAGCAUAUACGAGGCAUAUUUAUCAACAUAACAUAUUCAUCAUUCAUAUUUAGUACUCUAUCGUAUAAUACGUUAUUAAGUUCAUUCGGAUAUAUUACAAUUGAAGAGUUACUAAUAAAAAAUAUGUUAUGGUGACAAGUCUUACUCAGCUUCCUUGCACAUAGGUAUGCUAACAUUUCAUUGCGUUAAAUGGUGUAUCAUGUUUUUAUAGCUUAUUCUAAUAAUAUUUGUAGGUGACUACGAACAUGACUCUGACUGAAACAUAGAAUUUUACUAGUCUGUUUGCGCACGAGUUAUAUACUAAAUAAAUAAUAUAUAGUGGUAAUUUAUAAUACAUCAUCAUUUAAAUACUUCUUUAUAUCAGGUUUCCAGUAGAAGUCAUAGGUCACUGCUACAGACAAAAGUUAAUAUUUCAUUUCAGUUGUUAACAAUUAAAUGUAGGGUAGCACGUUUAUAUGAAUGUAACAGAAUUUUUGUAAAAUUAAUUAAAUAGGGUAUCCCACUGUCAACAGCUAAUGUGAGAAUUCUUGUACUCGAAGAAAUACAAUGGAGUUGUACAAGUAUGUACAAUUUGUUCUAUGUAGGGUCGUUAGAGAUAUUUGAAAAAAUAAUAUAUACUGCAUUGUUGUCUCUAAUAGACCGUUUGUGCAUUUAAAAAGUACGUUCGAUUAUUAUGUAAUAAUCGUUUUUAAUAUAAAAAAAUAACAAAAAAAUCUAUAAAAUGAUCAAUGUGUGGGUAGUAACGAUGCGUGUGUGCACGGUUCAUAUAGAGAUAACGUUCAUAUAACUGCCAAACGAAUCAUUACCAAAGCGGAUUUGGUAUCAGGUGUAAUCGAUUCGUAUAUAAAACGCUAUUUCAACACAUUCAACGAUAUUCAAUUAAAGAAAUUAGUCAUAAAAUUAACGAGACGAAUUUAGCUCAUAUGCCCGAUUGAUUGUGGGCUAAUAAAUGAGCUCUAUAUAAGACGACACUCCAAUUAUAUUUUUUUUCGAUUUAUUUUGCUUGUCGAGUAUAUUAUCAAUCUUUUGCUUUCUAAUAGAUUCAGUAGUUAUAAUUAUUCUUAAUAUCCAGUUGUGCAGAUGUUAAAGUACUAGUUCUAUAUCAAUAGUGUGGAUAUAGGAUGGUCUAACGUUAAAAUAUUGCCACUUACCCUAAUUUAUACUAUAACCAUGCCUCAAUUCUUGGCAGUGCAUAACUGAUUAUAAUUAAUAUACAGUAUCAAAUAGAACAUCACUAAUAUUUUCAUUUUAUAUGUAUGGGCAGUUUUGCUAUACGAUUGCCUCAUUGAGUUAAAACGAAAUAAAAAAAGAAGAAAAAAAUGUAUCAUUCAAAUUGUACUCCUAGCAUAUCACGCACGCUUAUCAUUAUCCCACUUUCUGAUGAGUCCCCCGAUACAAAUGUGUUGGUAGAUGCGUUUUAGUUACUAUAUUCUUGGGAUGGAACGAGAUAGAAAUGUCCGGUGUAUUAUUCUGCCUUUUGCGGACGUUAUAUACCAAUAGUUUUAUUUGCUAUUUGUGUGUGUGGGGAGAUAUUUACUAAGUGUGGAUAUAUUCAUUAAUGCUUUUAUUUCAUUUAGUUUAUUGAUCAUUACAUCAUUGUUAUGUCUUUAUUUUAUCAAAUAGCACUUUAUUCACAUGGGCACGAUCUCAAUACAUUUAUUUGUAUAAUCUUUAUGUAAGUCCUUUGGUUGAUGUGAAUGUAAGUAAGGUUGUAUAUUGUCGCAAUAUUUACUUUGUACGUCCAUAUACUAUGAGUGUAAUAUUUUAUUUACUUUAUUCCAUUAGUUGCUUGCCAUAGCUGUUACAUUAAGGGGCAUUGCAAUUACAUCAUAACCUUGUUUUUAGUAUGAUUGAAAUAAGUCAGAUUUACAAAAGUGCAAGCAACUAGGAUUAUGGGGUUUAUUAUAUGUAGUGAAAGGAUUGUAAAGAAAGUUUUUUUAGCAAAUGCAUUUAUAAUAGAAAUACCCACAUACCGUACUGCAAGUAUAUGAAGAAUUAAACCCCUAUAGUAAUGAAUAUAAUAUGCAUAUAAAAGACGCUUUGUGUACACAGCGUCCACACUACAUAUGUUAUAAUUUGCAUUCAAGUAAGAUAUAGAACGGCGAAACGACGAAACAUUUUGGUGCGUAGAUUAUUUUUUAAGACUAAUUAUUUUGUAUCGUUUUCUAUUUAUGUUGUGAUGUUGGUCUUCCACAUGAUAAAAUUUUCAUUUUUUAUUAGAUAAAUAAAUAUCUACUUAUUUAAUUAUUUCUAUGUACAGUGAUUUACUUUAAGUAACGUGGAGUGAUAUUGUAUUACUUUCGGAUGCCAUGUUUGAUAGAAUUAGAUAUCGGGAGAUGACAGUUUAUAGACAUUUUAAUAGUAGCAUCUUUCUAUAGUUGAAAUCUUGGUACAAGUUUUUUAUCCGUAAAUGACGUAGUAAUCAUUCAAUACAUAAUGACAGUGUUAUAAAACAGCUCAAAUCAUUAUCGACACUAGUUAAAUCAAUAUUUAUACAUAAUAAUAAUCUCACUGUAAAUAUUAGAUUUAUUUUAUGCUAGCGCUAAGAGUUCCCGGCUCUCAAAGUAAUUAAGUUUUUAUUUAGAUAAUAAUAAAAAAUGAUAAAUGUAUAAUUUAAUACUUAAAAAUUCGGCCAAUACAAAUGUUAUGUAUAUCAAAAUUGUAUUUUUAAAAUGAUCUCUUUGGCGUUAAUAAUAUUUAGAUAAUUGCUUUAGGAGUCCGGAAGUGAAAUGAAUUUAUUAAAAGUAUAAAUUUAAGAGAUAUUUUCACACUGUUAAAUAUAUUCUUGAUAGUCGAGUAGCUGAGUUGUCACCGAGAUUGAGACCUCGAGGGUCAUUGUUAUGCCUCUGUUUAUAUAUCUACAGUAAAAUUACCUGUUGUCACUUUGUAGACACGAUUUACAAAAGGACAGCCAGUUGGUAAGAGACUAGAGGCCUAAGUAAUGAUGUUAUUGACAAUUAUUAAUUGUAAUUGAUUCAAAUUGGUUGUUUUUCGAUUUUUUUAUAAUCCAUUUGAGAGUUGCAAACGUGAGCUAAGACGUAUGGUUCCUAAUUGCAACUGUUAAAUGGUCUGUGCGUGCGAAAUUUUAGUAAGUAAUCUGUUACAAUAAAGUAAUAAUAAUUGGUAAUAAUAUCAUUACAUAAUUAGGGUCCACAUACAGAUGUUGGUGGCCUCUUGCUGUCUUAAUAUUCGGUAUCCAAACUUCGCGUAGUCAAUUGCCCGUAAUGUCAAUCUUAUCAUCGUACUAUAGCCGUUGUUACCAAUUAGUCAUAACGUAAACAUGUAUCACACGUAAUAACCUAGCAUGAACUAUUUACUUGAUGUUUCUCUGUAAUUUGCAAAUAAUUAGUGUGUGAAGAAAGGUGGCCAUAAAUUGGCCUAUUAGUUCAAAGACAGUUUAUUUUAUAUAGUACAAGUUACACCAGUAGCGUUGUAUAUCAUUAAAUUCAUUAUUGUUUGUAUUAAUGUUGAAAAUAAUUUUAUAUGGAAAAAAAGCUCCUACAAACUAGGCCUGUAAUACUUAAAUAUUUAUAUAUAUGUGUAUCACCUAAUAGGAAUUUAUUUAACAUUUUAUCCAAAAUAUCCUGUCCGUCUUUAGAGAUGUGCGAUUGUUUUAUUUGUAGUGCCCAUUCACAUUUUACAGUUAAUAAUAAUGUAAUCUGGUUUUAUCAAUUUUAAAUAUAAUUUAAUCAGUUUUAUCCACAGUUGAUUUUAUUGUUGUUAACUAUGAUCAAUCAACAGUUAUUUAAUAUUAUAAUGAAACCAUAUUAACAACUUAAUCUCCACGUGAGUUUCAUUAUUUGCACUUGAAGUCAACUUACGCAUUAAGAUUUCGUUGCAAUAUUAUCUAAUAUAGUUUUAUUUCACGGUUUAUGAAUUGCGGUGGUUUGUACAGAAUGUUUCCAUUUGUUUUAAUACUGUCCAGUUCUUUAAGUUUGUUGCUUGUUGAAUCAUAACAGUUGGAGAUAUGUUGGUUUUAGAGUGAAUGUCUUUUCAGUGUGUUAUAGUAAUAACAAAUAUGAAACAAACCUUAAUGUGAAUAAUAAGCUGCGUAUUACUAGUGCCUUAUUGACUUUCAAGACUUAGUGUUUGCUUUUAAGAAAUUAUACAUGUCUUAUUUUUUUUGCCAUCUAUCUUUACUAGGCAUUGUCAGUCAAUAAACAAUGGAUAAUAGGCAGUUUGUUUUAUUAGACUGAAUUAAAUGUGUUGCAUAUAACAAGUUAUAAUGUUAUAUAUAUUAAGAAAUAUUAGCGAAAUAGUGAUUACUUCAAAAGGACAUUUUAAAUAAAGCAUUUCAUAUUCGUUAUUUAUUUCUUCUACAUAAGGCAUUAGUCUAAUUGUUUAGUCAAAAUGGCGUAAUUGUAAAUAUCUUGUUUAGAAGUUUUAUUUAGGUUUAAGUGUUCAAUUUAAUGUAUAUUAGAUUGAAUUAGAAAGAAAAGAAUCAUCAGAGUAAAAAAAUAUAUCUGAAACGGUAAUCACGUUUACAUAAGUGAGUUUUUUAAAUUGUUUAUGAAUCCAACCAAUGGACCAAAUAAAUGGCACUUUUAACUUAUAUAUUGUAAUCGACAAAAGUAAAACAGACAUUGUGAGCAGAUGUAUUGUAAACCAACCCAUAGCAGUGUGGACAGUUUGUUCAAGCAUAUUGGAUCAUUGUAUGAACUUAUGUUAAAACAUAAAAACCACGAAGACA